CAGGGGGCGGGCCUUCCGGAGGUAGUGCGCGCGCCGCGGCCGCGUCUGUGCGGUGCGACCUCCGCCCUCCCGGCCAGCGCUGAGUUGCAGCCAUGGCGGCCUCCCUUCUGCUGCGGCAAGGACGAGCGGGGGCGCUGAAGACCGUGCUAGAAGCCCGAGUGUUUCGAGGACUUGCUGCUACAGUUUCUCUCUCUGCAGAAUCAGGAAAGAAUGAAAAGGGACUGCCACCAAAUCCCAAGAAGCAAAGUCCACCAAAAAAUGUAGUGGAACCAAAGGAGAGGGGGAAGCCACUAGCCACCCCACCAGCAGCUGAACUGUCUAAAAACUUACCUCCGCCCAGUUCCUCCUGGUCAGUUGUGAACGGAGGCAGGACGGUAGCUAACCCCAACCCCGGUGACAGCCUGCUGGUCACAGAGGAAGGGCUUCCGAAGUGUUUGUCAAGAAAGACUUUGGUAGAGUUUCCUCAGAAAGCUCUGCCGCCAUCCAGAAAGCAGGGUUCUGGUUCAGACGCAGUCCCGGGGAGCAGGAGAGCGACAGGUGGCUCGUCCUCGUCCAGCUCCUCUGACUCGGAGUCCGACGAGGAGGGUGACAGCCCAGGAGCUGACCGUCCAGUGAAGAGCAAAGGCAGAGGAGGGUUCCCCAAAGCAGAGGCCCCCCGUUCCAUUGUAAAUGGAGCCCCCCAAAUUGGGGUGUCACAGCAGCCACAUGCAGACCUCAGCUCUCCAGAGAGGCCCCGCCAGGCAAAGAAGAAAGGGGCCUCCAGGAAGCCUGUAGAGGACAGAAAAGACACCAAACCAAAAACCACGGCACCCACGUCACAAGAGGGUGAAGAGUUUACAAAGCAAAGUGGAAAAGAAAAACAAUUGCACAGAGCAGCUAGAGCGAAUGACAUCGAUAAAGGAAGCCAGAAGGCAGCUGAAGUUAAAAAAGUCUCAUCUGACCAUACAAAAUCAGGAUUUUCCACACGACCGGAUGGCGACCCAGCGCCCACCCCAUCGACAGAAACCAGAGCAGGAACACAGCUGCAGGCGACUCCUCCUGGGGCCGGAGGGCGACGCGGGGAAAGUCAAGUACCAUCACCUGACGGGGAGGUGGCUUCUGCCCCGCUCAGAAAUGAAAACAUGGGAAAGCCAGUAGCAGACGGACUCUUGAAGGCUGAGGGGGAUUUGGAAGAUCAGUUACCAAUAAAACAUUUGAAGCCAGCUCCUGUUCAUCACAAGGACGCGUUGGAUGAAAAGACAACAGGACUGCAGCUUGAGGAAAAGGACGAAGUCAUGGAGGACUCAGCCACCCCGGUGGAAGGCCGGGACCACUCACAGGGGCCCGCACAGGCCGCCGCCUCCGCUGAGCCGUUCGACAACUCCACCUACAAGAACCUCCAGCAUCAUGACUACAGCACGUACACCUUCCUAGACCUCAACCUGGACCUCUUGAAAUUCAGGAUGCCUCAGCCCUCUUCAGGACGGGAGUCACCGCGCCACUGAGAGCUCCGUUUAAAUAUAAACCUUCUGUUGUCCCGCAAUCUUGCGUGCAGAAAUAAAAUCUGCUCGGCAGUCCUGA